UGGCAAUACCUUCCGCUCUAGUUUACCGAGCGGCAGCGCAUGUCAGUUCAUUUUCAUUUUAUAUCAUUGAUUGUGUCAUACGAACUUCUCGUAAAUGUUAACCUCAAAACUAUCGUGCAGCGAUUUUAAUACAUUUUUUACAUAAAAUAGUAAUCUAACAAAGUGGAAAUGAGCGACAAGGAUAAAUUUCAGUUGCUAGUGUUCGACGGCGACUUUUCUCUGCCCUCGAUAGAGCCAGAAAGCAUAAAAUCAAUACUCUACUGUACAGUGACUGGAGUCCCGAUAGAAGUUAACACAUUUAACAGUUAUAAAACAGCAUUUAAUAAGGUACCGCCGGUUUUAAUACAUAAAAAUCUUCGAUUUAAAGAUUAUGAACAAAUCGUUGCAUAUUUAAAAACUGUGAAUUUCAACCUGGACAGUGAAUUGGAGCCUUUAGAACGCAGUGAGUGCCUAGCAAUGACCAAUCUAGUUCAAUCAAAAUUAAAACCAGUAAUAGAAUUCAACUAUUGGAUAGAGCACAGGAAUUCUAAUGAAUUAAUGAAUAUAUGGUUCAUGAGAAGUCUUCCUAUACCUUUUAAUUAUUAUUAUACAAGGCAUUUCAGAGACAGAGCAACUGAUUUCAUGGAAAGUUUAUACCCUAGUGAGACAGACACAGAGAUAGUUAAAGAAUACAUACAGAGAGCAGCUAUAGAUUGUUUAUCAAGUUUAUCAGCAAGAUUAGGUACCGAAGAUUAUUUUUAUGGUAAAAAACCCACUUCAUUAGAUGUGACAAUGUAUGCUUAUAUUGCACCAUUUCUUAAAAUACCGUUUCCUUUAAACGAAAUGAAUAAUGUUAUCAGUAUGUGGCCGAAUUUGGUGAAUCUAGUGAAGAGAAUUGACAGCACGUACUUUCCAGAACUGCCAAAAGGUUCUAAAUAUUUAAAAUUUGAAGAUCAGGCUAAAACGAAUGACGAUGAUGUAUCCUAUGCUGCUAUUGUGAUUUUGACUAUUAGUGCAACUACUUUGAUGUUAGGGUUUGCUUAUACUAGAGGGUAUUUGACUGGGAAAAUGUUGAAUUAAAUGUAAUUGUAUUUAUUGCCUGCCACCAAAGUUGUAUUCAUAGAAAUAUUCGAGUACUUAUUGCAGUGUAUGGAAAUUUAAG